UAGUUUAACCUUUCACACCGUCCUUGUUACAGAAAUGGCAGCUGUGUCGCGUGUUCUAAUCGUAGGCGCUGGAUUAAGCGGCGCCUUAACCGCGGCCUUGCUUAGAAAGGAGCUUAGUCAUGUACACAUAUCAGUAUGGGAGAAGGCCCGCGGGGCGGGUGGUCGCAUGUCAACAAGCCGCAGUGACAAAAAUUCUAACUGCUCCGUAGACAUGGGUGCCCAAUAUAUAUCAACCUCGGCAGAACGACAGCAGAAGUACUCACAGAUCUACGAUCAACUGUUUUCCACUGGACUCUUGCAACCCUUUAAAGGCCUCAUUGAAGGAGAAAGCCCUGGUGGGCACAGCUUACAGAAUUUUGUUUGCCCUAAGGGAUUUUCAGCCCUUGUCAAGCAUUUUCUAUCCAGUGCAGCUCCGGUCGAUGUGAAAUUCGAAAGCCGUGUGGUCAGCAUCACCAAGCAUCCGACAACCGCCAGCAACCAACUUGUUGUCUCCACGGAAUCAGGUCAUCAGGACACCUUUGACGCUGUGAUCCUUACUGUCCCCAUACCACAGUUGUUCUUGCUGGAAGGGGACAUUCCAAAGAUAUUAAAUUCAAACAAGACAUUGAAAGAGCAGCUGGAGAGUGUCAGUUAUUCAUCCAGAUUCUGUCUUGGUAUUUACUACCCUCCUGGGACCACGCUGAAUUUACCAUGGACUGCCAAAUAUAUCGAUGGCCAUCCCUGUCUACGCUAUAUCUGUGUGGAUACGCAAAAGAGGGGUACGGCUGACCCGCAGGGUGCACAGUCCAUUGUGGUACACAGCAGUGUCCCCUGGGGUGUGGAACAUGUAGAAGAAAGCAAGGACGAUGUGAAACCCAUCAUGUUAGACUAUGUACGAGGGCUGCUCCCUAAUUUGCCAGACCCGGAAUUUGUCAAGGGACACAAAUGGAGAUACUCUCAGGUCCGAACGCCAUUUCCUGGCAGCCCAGGCUGUGUUCAACUGUCCAAAGAUCCGUCACUGUUGGUGGGCGGAGACGGAUUCAGCUACUCCAAGUUUGAAGGAUGUAUUGACUCUGCCAAUUCCCUCGUUGCGGCUGUAUUACAUCAUUGAUGACCAUAUAUGGUGCUAAUGUAAAACUGUCUUGGUGCUUCAAUGAUAGGCUGGUGUGAUUUAUGAGGAGGGUUCAUUUCAAUAUUCCACAGUAGUGUGGUUUCUUGAUAGGGUGUGGUUUAUAAAUUAGCUUAGAGAGAUAUGGUUUAUUAAAUUUAUUGACUAGAGUUGUGGCCUGUUAAGUUAGUUUAGAGGGGUGUGGUUUAUUAAAUUUGCUGUUUAGGGGUGUGGCCUAUUAAGACAGUUUAGAGGGAUGUGGUUUUAUUAAAUUUACUGGUUAGGGGUGUGGCCUAUUAAGUUAGUUUAGAGGGGUGUGGUUUAUUAAAUUUACUAGUAGGGAUGUGGCUUAAUAAGUUUGCCUUAAAGUGUGUGGUUUAUCAAAUUUGCUCUUAGGGGUGUGGUUUAUUAAGUUAGCUGCUAAAGUGUGGUUUAUUUAGUUUGCUGGUGGAGGUGUUGCUUUAUGAGUUUGUUGGUAGGGUGUGGUUUAUUAAGUUUACUUGUGAGGGUGUGGUUUAUUAAGGCUGUAAUUCACUAGAACAAGAGUCCUCAAACUGGCAAAUACCAGCCCCCGCAUACUACAUUGCAAAAAAAAUUAGU